UGUAACGAAAUCUGGUGUCGAGUUUCAUCAUCCAACUGUCCAAGGAGCGUGUUCAGCUAGAGAUGUGGAUUUCAAGAUACUUGCAUUAGGUACAGUACCCUGGUCGUAAGAGAUUUGUCAGGUGCUCCAUUAGCGACCUGUUACUGGUGCACGUAGUGAAGUACCAAGAGCACACGCGUUUGAACAAGGUGCAGAGAGGGGAAUCGAGUUCUUUACCAUUUCCUCAAACGUCGACCAGUUCGUGCUGAAUUGGAGGUGCAUCCAGAACCAAAUUCACUGACAACCUUGAACAUUUUGAGGAAGUUGUGUUUUGGGCAUUGGUAGAAACAUGUUACAAAACUGUUAUAGGCGUUUUGUUAAUCAGGUGUCUGGUAAACGACAGCCUUCGAUAAUUCGUGAACUCUUGAAAAUACUUCAAAGUGCCUCGGCUGAUAUGAUUCCGUUAUCUGGAGGGCUUCCCAACCCAAAAAUGUUUCCUUUCAAGAGCGCUCAGAUCACUUUAACAGACGGAAAGAUUUUGAAUUUAAGUGGCCAAGAAUGGAACAAUGCUCUGCAAUAUCUUCCUACCCAAGGCCAUUUGGGCUUAAUACAACGCCUUGAACAACUCCAAACGCGUUAUCAUCAAAUUGAUCCCAUGGCUUGGAACGGCCAAUACGAGUUGGUCACAACCAAUGGCAGCCAGGAUGGUCUUUGCAAAUCUCUGGAGAUGAUUGUUAAUCCAGGAGACUCGGUGAUCCUGGAGAACCAUACCUAUUUUGCCUGCAUGUCGAUCUUGAACCCCAUUGGCGCCAAUUACGUCGUGAUUGAAGGGGAUCACAAUGGGCUGAGACCUGAUAAGCUUUGGAGCGCCUUGACCUCCAAUUGGAGACCAGGGGAUCCUGGGGUGCCCAAAGCCAUCUAUUUGAACCCAACGGGAGCCAAUCCGACUGGGAAUGUCAUGCCUUUGGAAAGGAAACGCGAGAUCUACCAGAUUUGCUCAGAAUACGAUAUCCUCAUCUUGGAAGACGACCCUUACUACUACAUGCAAUUCAAAAGCCCUAGAGAGCCAAGCUUCCUGUCAUUGGAUAGGGAUUGCCGUGUGAUUCGUUUCGAUAGCUUCUCAAAGGUUCUUAGCUCGGGUCUUCGAUUAGGCUUCGUCACAGGACCAAAACCAUUGGUGGAUCAAAUGGUUCUCCACCUUCAAGUCUCCUCCCUCCAUGCCUCUGCUCUCUCACAAGUCCUCAUCAAUGAACUCCUCCAUCAUUGGGGCUUAGAAGGCUUCGAGAAGCACGUCAACGAGGUUGAGAACUUUUAUCGAAAUCGCCGAGAUCUUAUGCAUGAAUCAGCCAAGAAGCAUCUGACUGGUCUUUGUGAAUGGGAUAUCCCGGACGGUGGCAUGUUCCUGUGGAUAAAGGUCAAUGGCGUGGCUUGCACAUGGAACAUGAUCAUGGACAAAGGACUGAAGAAGAAUAUUAUGAUGGUUCCGGGACGGGUUUUCAUGCCGGUUUCAAGCACUGGAUCUCAAUAUUUGAGAGCCUCAUAUUCAAUUGCUCCGGUUGAGAGGUUCGACGAGGCAUUCCGGCGAUUGGCUGAGCUCAUUCGGGAAGAGAAGAUCGACCAGAUUGGCAUUGCUCAACCAUUUAUUCAAAAUGAGCAAAAUUCAUCCCGUGUGGGCCAAGCCACAACGGCUUGAGAGACUUUUUGAUUAUUGCAGACCUACUAUGGAAACUGGGGUACCAAAUUGUUGGGUGAUUAUUUAUUUAUGUUGUUUGGAAUGACACUGUCUCUUCCGACAUGAAAAUUGUUCUCAUGCUAUUGAAAGUGAAUAAAUUUGAUAAUUUAAAGACUCUGA